GAAUGGUGGAAGGCAUCUACCAGUUUGCCCAUCAGAUUUAUAGAGAGGAAACUGAAGGAGACGGUGUUGAUGGACAGAAAUAAACAUGGGCAGGGGAAGAUAAAGGCUCUCACAACGACUGAUGAUAAUAAAGGGAGAGAUUUCUAGAACAGCAGAGAUAAUUUGCUGUUUAGGGAAUGGAAAAUUACCACAAUAUGCUAGUAAAACUAGAGGUCAGUGGACAGUAAAAUUAUAUGCAAAUUUAACUUCCUACAGGGAAGGGAAAAAAAAGGAGGGGGCGAAAAGGUAUGAAGACAGGAGGAGACAAAAUAUGAGAAAGGGAAGUGAGGGAAUUCCAGUGAGUGAGCUUUCUCCCACUUUUCAGACAUUUGAGUCCUUAUAUGGUCAAACUCUGGAAAGGGGGUUCUUACGCUGGUGCUGCUGCCUUGGCAGAGAGUAGUCAGCGGGAGAACGGAAAGGAAACAGGAGGGAGUGAGUGAGUGACGGACUUAGCCAGAGAUAGAGAGAUAGAGAGAGAGCGAGAGAGAGAGAGAGAGAGCAAGAGAGAGAGAGCGAGUACGGAGAGUGGAGCAGCAGUUCGGCUGUGUGUGCGGGGACACAAGGGAGCCCGACGGGAGCGUGUCAGCAUCAGGGACAGCUGGGCAGGGGUACAGCAGAGCACGACACAAAGGCUCAUGGGAGGGACAACCAGCAGGAGAUUAGCAUGGCCGAGGCUUUAAACAGCUGCCAAGAUUUCCCUCCUCUCCCAUCUCUUCUACCUGUCUGCUGACUCCGAGGAGCCGUCAGGAUGACGGAGCGCUAUGACUGCCACUACUGCAAGGAGUCCCUGUUUGGGAAGAAGUACGUCCUGAGAGAGGAGAACCCGUACUGCGUGAAGUGCUACGAGAGCCUCUAUUCCAACACCUGUGAGGACUGCAAGAAGCCCAUUGGCUGCAGCAGCAGGGACCUGUCCUACAAGGACCGCCACUGGCACGAGGACUGCUUCCACUGCUUCAUGUGCAAGCGCUCGCUGGUGGACAAGCCCUUCUCCACCAAGGACGACCAGCUCCUCUGCACCGAGUGCUACUCCAACGAGUACUCCUCCAAGUGCCAUGAGUGCAAGAAGACCAUCAUGCCUGGCACCAGGAAGAUGGAGCACAAGGGCAACAGCUGGCAUGAGACCUGCUUCACCUGUCAGCGGUGUCAGCAGCCGAUUGGCACCAAGAGCUUCAUCCCUAAGGACAACUUCAACUACUGUGUGCCCUGCUACGAGAAGCAGUUCGCUAUGCAGUGUGUGCAUUGCAAGAAGCCCAUCACCACCGGCGGGGUGACGUACCAUGACCAGCCCUGGCACAAAGACUGCUUCCUGUGCACUGGCUGCAAGCAGCAGCUCUCCGGCCAGCGCUUCACCUCCCGGGAUGACUUUGCCUACUGCCUCAACUGCUUCUGCAACCUGUAUGCCAAGAAGUGUGCCUCCUGCACCACCCCCAUCAGUGGUCUCGGAGGUAGCAAGUACAUCUCCUUCGAGGAACGCCAGUGGCAUAACGACUGCUUCAACUGCAAGAAGUGCUCCAUGUCCCUGGUCGGCCGUGGCUUCCUGACCGAGCGCGAUGACAUCCUGUGCCCCGAGUGUGGCAAAGACAUCUGAAGACAGACGUCCACAGGAGCAGCGUGGGCGACAAUUAAAGACCGGACAUUCAAUGAAAUGUGCACAGCAGCAGUGCUAUGAAAAAUGGUGACAGAGAGAGAGAGCAAACAACUGUAUAUAUAUCAUAUACAGGCUGAAAAACGUAUAGCUGACUGACAUUUACUAAUCAGUUCAAUUUUUCUUUUCCUCUUUGGCUUUUGCUUGAAAAGAGACGCUUUUCACAAGCACUGAUCUGACACUUUCAGCAGCUCUUUAAAAUAUCAAGUGCAAAAGAUAGAUGGCAUAGACUAUAUUUAUAAAUAUAUAUAUAUUCAGAGAGCCUUAUGUCCUGUCUACAAUAACAUAUGUGAAGUGGCUCUUCGAGCCUUGGUCCAUGUAUUGUCAGUAAUGCUAUUUGAAGACAUAAGGCAGGUAGGAUCAACUUAUAACUUUAUAAUAUUUAUGACUUACCUGGCUUUUCUAACACAGCAUUAGUGCAACUAUCAGUUUUUCUAUGUGAACUAAUUACACUGUGAAAAAACACACAUCCCAACUACCAAGAGUGCCUUGUUUAUGACCAUAUUUUCACAUUUAAAAAGUACUUGUAUUUGUGAAGAUUUAAAUAAACUAAAAAAAAAAUGCAAAA